UGAACUCCAAAACAACAAGCAACGAAAUCUUACAUCAGUGGUUUGAAAAUCAAAACAACAGGCUGGAGUGAAGUAAGGUGAUUGUUGGCAGCAGUUCAUUUAGUUCUACCCUUUUGACCCGCUUGCAUUAACGACACUAUCUCGGUGAUCAAAAGAAGACUUCAUCAUGAGACUCUUGAUCAUUCUCGCCGUCCUUUUUGCUAUCGCUUAUGGAGCACCAACCUUAAACCUGGAAAAGGACCCCUUGAUGGCUGAAAGCAAUGCUAAUGCCACCGAAGCUGUCCCAGAAUCAUCUGAACUGGAACCUGAACCUAAAGAUAUGGCAGGGGACGCUCCCAAGUCAGAAGCCAUGCCCAAGGAUGAGGCAACAGUAGAGGAUUCUCCAUCUGAAUUAAAGAAUGAUGAUGCUUCAGCCGCCAGUGAGUCCCAGAAUGAUGACAACUUCAGUGAAGAAGGUGAUAAUGAUUUCGAUGAAGAUGAAGACGAUGAAGACGAUGAAGAUGAUGAAGAUGAUGAAGAUGAUGAAGAUGAUGCUGAAGAAUCUGGCGACAGUGACGACAGCGAGGAGUCUGGUGAUAGUGACGACAGCGAGGAGUCUGGCGACAGUGACGACAGCGAGGAGUCUGGNGGCGACAGUGACGACAGCGAGGAGUCUGGUGAUAGUGACGACAGCGAGGAGUCUGGCGACAGUGACGACAGCGAGGAGUCUGGUGAUAGUGACGAAAGCGAGGAGUCCGGAGACAGCGAUGAUGGUGAGGAGUCUGGUGACGAAGAUGACAGCGAGGAGUCUGGCGAGAGUGGUGACAGCGAGGAGUCUGGUGAUAGUGACGACGGCGAGGAGUCUGGCGACAGUGACGACAGCGAGGAGUCUGGCGACAGUGACGACAGCGAGGAGUCUGGCGACAGCGACGACAGUGAGGAGUCUGGCGACAGCGACGACAGCGAAGAGUCUGGCGAUAGUGACGACAGCGAGGAAUCUGGCGACAGUGACGACAGCGAGGAGUCUGGCGACAGUGACGACAGCGAGGAGUCUGGCGACAGUGACGACAGCGAGGAAUCUGGUGAUGAAGAUGACAGCGAGGAGUCUGGCGAUGAGGAAGACAGCGAUGAAGAAUAAGCGCCAUAUCAAGUACAAUGAUUAACAACUCAACUCCUGAGAUUUUAAUUCUCAGAGACUGUCCACACAUGAUGUGUAUGUACACUAAUGUACAUUAUGUAUACAUGCAAUACUUAGACGUUAUCUCUAAAGAGAUACAACUAAGACCAUUGGUUUAUAUAUUUAUAUAUAUAUAAAUAUUUGUCGUGCUAUAUGAUCAAUAAAAUACAAAUAUUAUAUACAGAA